AGGGGCAGGGCGCCGCCGCUGCCAUGGAGGAGUUUCACCCCCACAACGACGAGAUGAUCUUCAAUGCUGAUGAAGCCCACAACAUUGUUAAAGAGUGCAUAGAAAGCAUUUUGGGCAAGGCAGAUUAUAGUCAUGACAAAGUCAAUCAGUGGACUGCUACUAUAGUAGAGCAAUCUUUAACACAUCUGGUGAAAUUAGGAAAAACAUACAAAUACAUUGUAACUUGUGCAGUGAUGCAGAAGAGUGGAGCUGGCCUCCACACAGCAAGUUCAUGCUUUUGGGAUACCACAACUGAUGGUACCUGCACAGUGAGAUGGGAGAACCGAACAAUGAACUGCAUUGUCAAUGUUUUUGCUGUUGCUAUUAUCCUGUAGCUGACUGGAAUAAUACUAACACCAACACCAAAGCCUUUAAGAUAGAAAAAAUAUCACUCAAAGCAUAUUUCUUAUAUUUAAUAUCACUGUUUAUACACUAAGAUAAGAGGUAUGCAACAGAUUUUAGAGCCCUCUAUACAAAUUGUACAUUCUAAUUACAUUUUCAGUCUAACUACCUUAAAACUAGAAAAUAUUUAUAAGUUAAAUAUUCUAAAAUGAAGAUAUCCUGAAGAAGAUGCCAUGAAAUCAAAUGAGAAAAUGCAUAUUUGCACCAAAAUGAGAAAAUGGCACUUUAUUCACUGGGAGAUGGAGAUAUCUAAAUCAGCAGAAGGAAACUGAAGGGAUAAUCGAGAUUGGAUGCAGUUGGGACCAAAUUAAGAAUAUCUAUACAUUGUUAAUUAAUAUUGGUAUCUCAUAUUCAAUUAAACAAGGUUAAUUGCUACUUUAUGUGUUGAUGCUCAUGAUGUUGAAUGAGCAUUACACACAGUCGAUCAAGCAUUGCUAAAUAUGUGAAAACCUUAAUGUAUGAGGUUUCUCUAACCUGGGCACAAAAAUACUGCAUUGGCUAAAACUCCUCUCUCUCUCUAGUGACCUCAGUUAUUGAGAGGUUUGAUCUUCCUUUAGAUGAAAAAGUUUAGAAUUUUGUCAUUGAAGUCAGCAGAAACAUUGUUGGAUCUGAUGUUUAUUUAGCACUUAAUUCAUACAGAUUCAUAUUUCUUAAAACAAACUGACCAAAUUAGUAAAAUACUUAAAUAUGGUCUCCUCUGAUUCUCAGCAACAAGGAAAUUUGAUCCAACCCCUUUUAUAUUAUAAGUCCAACUUAAAAUGUUGCCUUUCCUAAGAAACCAGGUCUGCAUCUAUUGAUCUUACUGGCGGCACUAGAACGAGGCUUAGGUUUCUCAGAGCUGUUUACAGCAAUCAAGUGGCAUAAAACCAAGUGAGGUUUUAUGAAAAGGAGAUGCACAUUUUGACAGUCUUGCUCUGUUCAGGCAUACAUACAUUAUUCUUACGAAUAUAAGGAUAUGUUCUUUAUCUCUCCUACAUUUUUAAAUUCUAAAGUUAUUUAAUAACUAUGAGUAACAUAAACCAAUUAAAAUGAGGAACAUAAAUGUCUUUAGGAUGGGAGCCUCAGUUAACACAUGUCCUUAACUUCUUUUUUGUGAAUAAUCCUAUUGACUUGAGACAUUCACAUUCAGGAAGAAUUACACCUGUGUGCAGGCAUUUGUGGGAUUGGAUUUGUGUCAGUUAAUGCACAAAUCAUGUAUUACACAGUACCAAGUGGUACAGUACCAAAAAAUGCCUCACUAGUCACUGUCACCAAGUGGCAGAUUUAAAGUUUGCUACAUCAAACUGCUUGAACUAGUUUUAUUAUUAAAUUACUGCCUCUUUAUGGAAGAUACUGGUACCAGAGUUUCUGUAAAACAUUGCUUCUUAUUAAUUUUAAUCAACCAUUUUAUGCAGUUCUGCAGAUUUCUCCCCAUCCCCUGUCCCCACUCCCCAUAAGCACUCUUGAUCUAAGAUUUUAAAAGUCCUUGUAAAAAUACUAUUUCCAUUGCUUAAACUAUAUAAAAAGCUAUUGCUAUAUAGUGGAAUAUAGAUAUAACUUUAUACACCAUGCUAGUUGCUUUGCAUAAAUAGCAUUCAGCUUUUAUCUAAGCACCAACAGAAGCUCUAAAACAUUGCACUUGUCUAGGAGUCAGGUAUAGUGUGAGAAAAGUAUUUGCAUAGUGCACUGAAGUUCAGAUAUAUAAUAAAGCAAUUGAAGAUUAUUUGGUUUAGGGUAACAAUUUGAAAGCAGAAAAUGCAGGCAUAGCUGCUAUCUCAUUUCAUAAGCUUUAGCUGCCAAACUGGAAUAGUUAUUCCAAACAGCCAUUUACUCUCUCAGUAUUGCUGUUUUUGUAAAUGUGAGACACAUUAAUAAAAGUAUUGCUGCCUAGGCUUGGUGAAGUUCCACUGCAGAAGAUCACUGGAAGUCUUGAAAAUAAAGCUUCUUUUAAAAUUGCUUUGUUUUGUAUCUACCAAAAAUAAUAAAGAUUUGCCUUAGUUGUA